UUGCCUCUUAGAGCUUUCUACCUCAUCCUUCGUCCCCGUCCCCGUCCCCGUCCCCGUCCCCGUCCCCGGUCGUGUGUUCCACAAUGGCGAAUGUAAUAUUGACACUCCCGGCAGACAUGGCUCCUAUUGCCGGUCCAUUGCUCCUGGGCUAUCUCUUCAACUGGGGUCUAUUCGGUGUCUUAUCUGUGCAAGUCUACUUGUACCACAUCGCGUUCCCAAGGGAUCACUGGCCAAUGAAGACCCUAGUCUACAGCGUCUAUCUUAUCGAGAUGGUGCAGACCAUUCUUGUGACGUUUGACGCUUUUCAUGAGUAUGCGAGAGGGUUCGGGAACUUGGAAGCCUUAGAGGCGGGAGGGCUGGACUGGAUAGCAGUGCCUGCAUUCAGUGGUAUUGUGAGUGCGAUGGUGCAGAUGCACUACGCCUAUCGUGUCAGCAUCCUCUCAGGCUCGAGGAUGCUCGGCCUGGGCAUCUCCGCAAUUGCGCUCCUCCAGGGCUCCUCUGCAAUCGCCUCGGGCGCUCAAGCAUUCAUCAUUGGCAGCAUCGCGAAUCUUGCCACUACCAACGCAUUUAUCAGUUGCACUAUAUGGCUUGCUGCUACUGCAGCUUGCGACAUUAUCAUUGCCGGGUGCAUGACAUUCUUCCUCCUAAAAUGCGACAGCAAGCUUCCUGAGAUGCACGCCCUUAUAACGAGGCUUGUUUGGCUCGUCGUCGGGACUGGCAUGCUGACAGCCCUGGCGGCAACAGUAGACCUUGCCCUCUUCCUCGCGUUGCCGCACAAAGCAUACCACGGCUGCGUCGCGCUGACACUCGCGAAGCUGUAUUCUAACUCGCUCCUCGUGCUCCUCAAUGGCAGGAUCCAUAUCGUCGGCGGGCGCACACACUCUUCCGAGCAGGCUGGGGACGCGUGCAGCUCAACAUCGGUGAAGAGCCCACCCGGUGUCAUGAGCAUGAUUUGCUUCAACUCUUCCGCCAUUUACACGGCGUAGCUCGAUGGCACGCACGUUCAUGAAGAGCUGCGGAUACGCACAGAUUCCCAGCCGAUACAAAUGGGGGACCAAGCAUGUGCUUUAUCCUUCUCGUCAUAGAUAGGCUGAUCUUGACGCGACAUCUGCCCCGAUUUGUCAGGGGUUUUCUGCGAACAAUUCGCCAGAACUAUGCCCGAGGUCUAGAGACUUGUAUUCGACGUUCCAUUCAGUUCUACCUUCAUUACUAACACUGAGCAUUUGGACACUCUUUCGAUAGGAUGUUUAUCUAUAGUCGCGAUCAUGUUAUAAUGUUGGUGUAGGCUAACGC